GGGAGGGUGGGUGUGCGCUGGGCAGCCGCCACCGGAGGAGGGGCCGGAGGGUGGCGCGGAGCCCGCGCUUUUCCCCGCCGCCCCGAUGAAGUUGGCGGGGGACAGCGCGGGGCGGGCAUGGCAGAGAUGCGGCCGGGGCCUGCGGCGGGGCUGCAGCUCAGCGCGCUGCCCGACCACUCCCCGCUGCUGCAGCCCGGCCUGGCCGAGCUGCGGCGCCGAGCCCGGGCGGCGGGCGCUCCGCCGACGCCUCUGCCACUCACCGACUCCUUCCUGCUGCGGUUCCUGCGCGCCCGGGACUUCGACCUCGACCUGGCCUGGCGGUUACUGAAAAACUAUUAUAAGUGGAGAGCAGAAUGUCCAGAAAUAAGUGCAGAUCUGUGCCCUAGAAGUAUUCUGGGACUUCUGAAGGCUGGUUACCUCGGAGUCCUGAGAGCCAGAGAUCCCACUGGCAGCAAAGUUCUUAUUUACAGAAUCGCACAAUGGGACCCCAAAGUUUUCACAGCUUAUGAUGUUUUUCGCGUAAGUCUAAUCACAUCCGAGCUUAUUGUACAGGAGGUAGAAACGCAACGGAAUGGUAUCAAGGCUAUCUUUGAUCUAGAAGGCUGGCAGUUUUCUCAUGCUUUUCAAAUCACCCCAUCCGUAGCCAAGAAGAUUGCUGCUGUUCUUACAGAUUCCUUUCCAUUAAAAGUUCGUGGUAUCCAUUUGAUAAAUGAGCCAAUAAUUUUCCAUGCUGUCUUUUCCAUGAUUAAACCAUUCCUGACUGAAAAAAUUAAGGAACGGAUUCACAUGCACGGGAACAAUUACAAACAAAGCUUACUUCAGCAUUUCCCACACAUUCUUCCUCUGGAAUAUGGUGGUACAGAAUUCUCCAUGGAGGACAUUUGUCAGGAGUGGACAAAUUUCAUAAUGAAGUCUGAAAAUUACCUCAGCAGCAUUUCACAGAUCAGUCAAUGAGAAGAAGUUACUUAAUGUCAAUGACUUCCUAAUUAUAAAUACAUGAGUGAGAUCCUACCUGGUUAUAUGAAUGAAAGAAAAAAAAUCCUUUAAGCUAAUUAACAUUUUUCUGAUUGAUCUUUUAAAAUGUAAAACUCUUCUGACAUGAGCAACAUGGAUAUUUGGGAAACUUCUUGACUUUUUAAAUGCAUUUUCUGUAUCUUUCAAGUAGUUAAAUGUUAGUAUACCUUAAAAGCAUAGAAAGGAUUCCUGAUUUUUAUACUUGAAAGUAUCUCCUAAAGUAGCUGUUUCUGAAAAGUUUCAUUUUCCACAAGUUAUCUGACUACAUUGGUUUAGUAAUAAAUGUAUAAAUGGUCCACUGAAAAGAAGAAUUAGCACAAAUCAACUGAUGAUGAAAAUUAUUAACUCCCACCUUGGGUGGAUGUCAGAUUAGAUUAUAAUUCAGAUUAAAAUCUGAAUACAGUUUUACAGAGUUAUUCUGUGGACCAGCAAGAUAGUUCAUCUCAGGAAAGUUCUAUUUCAGUAUAUUUACACAAUAGGAACUUUUGAUUGAGGAGUCUGUACACCAUAAACUAUUGUAUGUAGCAUCUAGACCUCUUUAUGAAAUUACUCAUGUUGAUACAAUUGAUAAUCAAAAAUAAUUUAGGAAAUAUUUCAGGUAUAGCUGAUGGUUUCUUAAUAUUAUUUCUGCAUUUUCAAAUAAAUCUAGAAUGUAAUUUUGACUUCAGUUUUUGGUUAUUCUUAUCAUGACUACAUAGAGAAUUAGAAAUGGAAUAAUAUUUAAUUGUCAUACAUGGACUCUAUUUUUAAUUGAACAAUAACACAACUACACAAAAGAAAGAAAAUGUUUACAUUUUAAAAAUCACUGUCAGUUACACCUGGAACUUUUCACAUUAUGUAUGAAAUAAUUUUACUUUUACUAUAUAUCAGAAUAUUCUAGCCAAAUUCUAAUUCACAUUUACUUUAAAAAACCAGUAAAGUGUGCUGUUUGUAUUAUAGUUUAUGUCAAAGAAUAUUUCAUUUAUUGACACAAUGUCAGUAUAGCUUUCAAUUUAUGACAAUUUUAUAGUGUUUCAUGAUUUUUUUUAUUUUAUUUUAAGCUUGAAAAUAAAAAAACACAGGGUGCAAAAUUUGUUAAACAUUUGUUCAGCUUACUUGGGUUUCAACAUUAAUCAUACAAUAGUAUCUUUGUGAAAGGAUAUAUGAAGGGUGUUUUUCUUUAUAAGAAAAUUAUUCUAAUCAGGUGAGCUGAUACUUGUGAUUCUCUGUACAUAUGUCUAUGAAAAAAUUGAGAGCACUUGUGAAUGUUCUUUAGAGAACAUACUUAAUUUUGACUUGGCAUUGGGAAGCUAACUUUACAUUAUAAUUUUUAUUAAAAAAUUAGAUCAUGCCUGUUUUCUAAAAAAAAAUUAUAAAGUCUUCCUUACAAAAUCAUAUAAUUCACAAAAUUGUAUAAUUAGAAAUAACAGCAGAAUAAACUCAUUGAAAAAGCAUAAACAAUAACAAGAACAAAAAGCUCUGGUUUACCCAACUUUUAUUCCUCUGUAAAGGAGGUUUAUAUCAGAGUUCUACUUAAUUUACUUUUGGGUACUUAAAACACUUUCUUAUGACACUGUGAAGCACACGAAUAAAGGGUAAUAUUUAAAGAUGUCUCUUAAAUGUGAUUUACUGGUGAUGUCAUUAGCAGUAAAUAGAAUUAAAAUACGUCAAUCAACAGAAGUACAUUUCAUGAUGGGACUUUGACAUUUUUUUUAAAUAUCACUGAAGAACAUUAAAAGAACAAUGUGAAAUGAGCAGGCAAUUUUACAAGGUGGUAAGAUAAAUAACUAUCUAAUUGUCUCUAUUACUUUACUGUAAUUGCACCAGAAGUGCCUUUUAUUUAUAAGGUUAACACUAACAUGUGCUCAGUAUGUUAGUGAACUGCACAAUAAUUUAUUUGUUUUAAUAUUGUUCAAAAGAAAAUAAAGAUCUUUCACAU